CCCCGGCCCCAAGGGCCGCCGGCGGCGGCCUGCGACACGGCCGCAGCCGCGGGCGCCGAGGCGCGGCGGCAUGCUGCGGGGGGCCCCGCGGCCGCGGAGCCGACAGGCUCGCCCCGGCGGCCGAAGGGCGACGUGGCGGUCUGCGUGCGGCUGCUCCCCGGGCCGCGGAGCGACGCGUGCAUCUCUGUGGAGAGCGCGAACUGCGUGCGCCUGCGGUGUCGGGGCGACGCCCGCGACACGGGGAGCGUUGGCCCCAUCUAUUGGUGCGACCAGGCCUUCGGCCAAGAGGCGACGCAGGAGGAGGUGUACGGCGUGGCGGUGGCCCCCGUGUGCGCGUCGGUGCUCAGGGGGUACAACGGAGCCGUCUUGGCUUAUGGACAGACCGGGUCUGGGAAGACGCACACCAUCAUCGGCGAUGCCCAACGCAGGGGCGCCAUUCCGCGUGCCGUAUCGGCGAUAUUCGAGGCCCUCCGAGCCAGGCAGCAUUGGUCGGUCGACGUCUGCAUGCUGGAGAUCUACAACGAGCGGACCCGGGAUCUGCUGGCCCCCGGCCAGGACGUCUGCCAGGUCGACGUCCACGAGGUGCAGGACCCCGCCGGCGCCUCCAGUUUCCGGUGCCCCGGAGCGACCCGGCGGGCGGCGCGCUCGGCCGAGGAGGCCCUCGCGUCCCUCGGCGAGGGCCUGGGUCGCCGGGAGACGGCGCGCACGGACAUGAACCACAACAGCAGCCGCUCGCACCUCAUCUUCACGCUCGACGUGACUCAGGUGGACGAGGCCCUGGGCGCCACCCUGCGCGGGCGCCUGCACCUGGUGGACCUGGCGGGGAGCGAGCGCCUGAAGCGCUCCAUGGCCUCGCAGGCCUCGAACGGCGGCGACCGCAGCCUCCUGGCACCCUCAAAGAGCCCGCGGGAGCUCAACACCCACGCAGGGAGGCCUGCGCGAUCAACAAGUCCCUGGCGCAGCUGGCGCUGGUCAUCCAGCGCCUCUCCGCGGGGGGCAGCCUCCGGCACGUGCCCUACCGGGACUCCAUGCUCACGAGGCUGCUGGCCGACAGCUUCGGCGGCAGCUCGAAGACCUGCCUGAUCAUCACCUGCUCGUCGCUCGACAGGGACCUCGAGGAGACGCGGGGCACGCUCGAGUUCGGCAAGCGCGCCGGCCUGGUGCGGAACGUGGCCCAGAUUAACCUCGAGGUGGCCCAGGAGCCGUCCGAAGUGGCCAAGGCGCUGCUGGCCAAGGAGCUGGCGGAGAUGACCCUGGAGAAGGAGGCGCUCCAGCUCAAGGUGCGCGAGGCGGCCGUGCAGGUGCUCCGGCAGGAGCGCCUCCGCGCGCUCGACGUGCGGCGGCUCGAGGAGGAGAACUCCGCGCUGGAGGCGGAGCUGCGGCGCGCGCGCGAGGAGCAGGGCGAGAUGCGCCGCCUGCUGCGCGAGUCCGCCGCGCUGCCCGCCGUGCCCCUC